AUGACCGCGCUCGGCUCGACCGGCCUGCAGAUGUACAACUUUGGCCAGUCUGUCUCGCUGCCCUUCUACACUGAGACCUGGACGCCGGAUUCGUGGUACGACCGUCUCGAGGAGAACGUGCGGUACGGAAUGCACACGCUUGUGCUGCUCGACAUCAAGGUGCGCGAGCAGAGUGAGGAGAACAUGGCUCGCGGACGCCUGAUCUACGAGCCUCCCCGCUUCAUGAACCCGGCUCAGGCGUUCUCGCAGAUCCUCCUCACCGAGAACAAGCGCACGAACCCCCCGCCUCCCGAGGACAGCGACGACGAGGCGGUCGCUCCCGGCGACAAGUUCCUCAAGCCCGAGGAGACGCUCGCCAUGUCCCUCUCGCGUAUCGGUACGCCCUCUCAGCGCAUCAUCGCCGGCACGCUCAAAGAGCUCUCCGAGCUCACGGAGGAGGACUACGGAGCUCCCCUCCACUCGGUUGUCAUCGUCGGCAAGCGCAUCCACCCCCUCGAGCUCGAGUUUGCCGGACGGUGGUGCGUCGGCGGCGAGAACGGCCAGUGGUGGAAGGUCGCCAAGGACGUCUACGGCGUCGAGCGCGAGACCUUUGACUACUAG